AUGGGUUUCCGCCACAACAAUAUCCUCUUUAACAACCACUUCCACAAGGACUGGCAGCGUCGGGUGAAGGUCUGGUUCGACCAGCCCGGUGCCAAGAAGAGCAGGCGCAACGCUCGCGCUGCUAAGGCCGCUGCCCUCGGCAUGCGUCCCCUGCAGCCCCUGCGCCCUGCCGUUCGCGCCCCGACCCUGAAGUACAACACCAAGCUGCGCCAGGGCCGUGGUUUCACCCCCGAGGAGCUCAAGGCUGCUGGCAUCCGCAAGAAGGAGGCCCGCUCGAUCGGUAUCCCCGUCGACCACCGCCGGAAGAACAAGAGCGAGGAGAGCCUGAAGCUCAACUCUGACCGCCUCAAGGCCUACAAGGAGCGCCUCGUUGUGCUGCCCCGCCGCAACAAGAACAACAAGGACAAGAAGACUGACCUCUCGGCCCUUGAGACCAUCCGCGUCACUGACGCCGCCUUCCCCAUCCCCGCUGGCACUACCCAGGAGGCUCCCCGCGCCAUCACCGCCGAGGAGAAGGAGACCGAUGCUUUCCGCACCCUGCGCAUGGCCCGCGCCAACCACCGUUCCGAGGGUGCCCGCAAGUCCCGCCAGGCCAAGAAGGACGAGGAGGCUGCCAACGCCAAGAAGUAA